UGAUCAGACAGACCGGGAGCGCGCGCAGAUCCGCCCUCCAGACGCCAUUUCUCGGACGGUGUGGGGAGCUGAAGCAGCUUUUACACCAAUCCUGGGAAGGAACGGAAAACACAACAAACAGAAAUUUUAAGAAAUCCUCUCGGUCGUCUUGUCGCGUGGCAGCUUCUUGCUUCAUAUAGGGGAGUGCCGCGCAAGGAGGGAAACUUUCUGUUACGAUACAGAAUUCGUUGUGUGUGAAGACGUGUUGCGGGCCGCCAUUUUUGUUACAGCCUUCGAAGUCUGCUGGGAGUCUGAAUAAGGGGCAAAACUCUUCUGUACUUUGGCGUAAUACACGAAGAAGGACUCGUUGUUGGACGCGACUGACAUAUGUCGCCUUGAAUCGUCAUGCAGAGCGAUUUAUUAACAUAUUAUGGCGUUGUUUGCCUCAUCCUGAGCGGACGGUGACUGAAGACGGCUAGCUGGCUAACGCGUUAUAUUGUCUCAUAAGCUGCAGCUACUUUCACGGAAGAGAGAGCGGAAAGGGGAACUUUAAUUCUAAAUACGCGUUUUUUGGGUUCGUUGCGAACUUUUAGGGUUGUUUAAACCUGUUCUAAUCCCGCCGUGAUUCUUAUGUUGGUGGAAAUUUAGCUAUGCAUCAAAGUUGGUUGACGCCAGUCGCAGCCUGUCUGGUCAAACGUCAGGUUGCGGAUCAGUAGGACUGUCGGAUCAAAAAUCAAGAAGUGUGUAUUCGCUUGUACGAAUAGGCAUUUGUUGUUUUAAUUUAUUGCAUUUGCCUGUUUUCUUUUUCGAAUUCAUCAGCUACACUUGUAUUUUGAGCAAACAUGUCGUCUGCACGGUUCGACUCCUCGGACCGAGCCAGCUGGUAUUUCGGGCCGGUUUCGAGACAGGAGGCGCAGAAUAGGCUACAGGGACAGAGACACGGGAUGUUUUUGGUGCGAGAUUCAUCCACCUGCCCUGGUGAUUAUGUACUGUCAGUGUCCGAGAACUCCAAAGUUUCUCACUAUAUCAUCAACUCUUUGCCAAACAAGAGAUUCAAGAUAGGCGACCAAGAGUUUGAUAAUCUUCCUGGCCUUUUGGAGUUCUAUAAAAUACAUUAUCUGGAUACGACCACCCUGAUAGAGCCAGCACCAAGGUACCCCAAUACCCCUCUGCCUAGUGGUCCUAUUCAGCCAUCUGGAGGACUCGGAGAUGAGAACCAGGAGUAUGUGCGGACUCUUUAUGACUUCACUGGUAGCGAUGCUGAAGACCUUCCUUUCAAGAAGGGUGAAAUCCUAAUUAUUCUAGACAAGCCUGAGGAGCAGUGGUGGAGUGCCAAGAACAAAGAAGGCCGAGUAGGCAUGAUUCCCGUUCCCUAUGUAGAAAAGUUGGUGAGGCCUUCGCCUCAUCCUGGUCAGCCCGGCCACGGUUCACGCAAUUCCAACAGCUACGGCAUACCUGAGCCGGCACACGCCUAUGCUCAGCCUCAGACUCCAUCGCCCAUUCCUCCCAACACACCCGGCGCCGUCAUCAACCCGCUGCCUUCCGUGCAGAAUGGGCCAGUAAUGGCGAAGGCGAUCCAGAAACGAGUGCCGUGCGCAUACGACAAGACUGCCUUAGCACUGGAGGUGGGGGACAUUGUGAAAGUGACUAGGAUGAACAUCAGCGGUCAGUGGGAAGGAGAGGUAAAUGGCCGGAGAGGUUUAUUCCCUUUCACCCAUGUGAAAAUAUUGGACCCCCAAAACCCAGACGAGAGCGAAUGAUCUGGGCCAUGCGCUGUCAGCACCCCGUCAGCUCGCCGGCCGCCCCGUCAAGUCACCACCGGUAUUCCGCUUGCCUGCCUUGGGGCUCAGCCGUGGCGCGUUUCUCAAGCAAACCAUUUGCGUGGCUUCUGACUGUUUACAGCUCCGAAAUCAAACGGUUGUUAAUCCCCCUCACCUGGUUACAGGCGAAUCAGUAUUUUUGUUUUUGUGUCUGCCCUUAAUAUUCUGUUCUUUCCGCACAUUGGUGAUCUGUACCUGUGACAAGGUGGAACGAGGCCUCCAACGUGACCUGAGCCUUCUUGACACUCUCCUGCAGUUUUCUGUCUUUUGCAAGCUAAUUGUGUUGUGUAAAGAAAGGGAAAUGCCGAUCAUUUAUACCCUCUGGUUGCCAACUGCUUACCCAAAAUUGAUCUUUUAUUGUUUUUUGUUACUGUCCUAGCAAUACUGAUCUGAUCUUUGGUAAGUCAUGACUUGAAGAUAAAGGUAGGGUAUUGCAAUGGCAGGUUUUAGACCUUAGAAACAGACUCACCAGUUAAAAUGAUUUUUUUCCUCAGCUAGUAUGUGGGACUAGUCUACUGUAGCCUUUUUAUUUGUGCCAUAAUAACUUAUCUGUAAAUUGCAGUAGUAGCAUAGCUAGAUGGUUGUGGCUAGACUCUCGGGGGAUCUUUCGAAUGGUGAAGGGCUUGCCUGUGGAGCUUUUUGCAUCUGGUUGUGAUGCUUUAGAUGCAAGAUUGGGUCUGGGGAGAGUAAAUAACACCUCAUUUAUUCCUUUGGACAAGCUGGAAAUGUCACCUGUGCAAUCGUGAGCUCAUCUCUUGAGGACUGGAUUCAGUGUCUGAUUCUCCCACGCAGUAAAGUCUGGAUCUUGCUGCGUUUCAUGACGUUACUGCACAUCAGAGUCAGUGUCUGCCCAUAUUUGAUUCAGUAACCUGACAUGAACACAACUUUUAGGUUUUGUCCAUCUGUAAUCCGUUUAUUUUAUUAGCCAGGUGUUGAAUCUAGCAUUUACUGUGUGUUGAAAUAAACUGGCGUUUUCUAAAAAGGGAUUUAAAAAGCCUGCUGGUGGCCUCUGUGCAUGACCUUCUGGCCGAGAGGGGUCUCCCUCUUAGGUUAAAUGCUGCUUCAUGUCAUGUCGUUUAUUUCUGUCUGUGUUCCUUUUUGAAAUUAAUUCACCUUUGUCUGGUUUACAUCCCUAGCAUCAGUUUAAGGCUAAACCUUCAUAUUAAGCAAUAGACCAACCCAUAUCUUUUAAAAGUCCUCAAAUAAUUUAAGGUUUCAAAUAAGUUUUUCUUUUUUUUCCUAAGGCUUUAACAGUAUUACUGUUUAUUGUUUCACAUUACAAACUAUCUAUGUGGGCUCAUUCGUUCCAAAUGAAAAUUUGUGCCUUUUAUUUUCUUACAUUUACAUGUGUUAAUAAUAUUUCCCAUGGUUAACACCCAUGCUGGUAUUACCCAUUAUGUACAGAACAAGUAAAUAAAAUUUAUGUCUACUUCUC